AUGCCUCCUCAACUGUAUGAAAGCCGUAGAAUCCCCAAGCCCAGUGGCCCCAACCCUGGUCCCCAUAGAAGCCCCAAGCCCAGUGGCCCCAACCCUGGUCCCCAUAGAAGCCCCAAGCCCAGUGGCCCCAACCCCAACACUGGUCCUCAUAGAAGCCCCAAGCCCAGUGGCCCCAACCCCAACCCUGGUCCCCAUAGAAGCCCCAAGCCCAGUGGCCCCAACCCCAACCCUGGUCCCCAUAGAAGCCCCAAGCCCAGUGGCCCCAACCCCAACCCUGGUCCCCAUAGAAGCCCCAAGCCCAGUGGCCCCAACCCCAACCCUGGUCCCCAUAGAAGCCCCAAGCCCAGUGGCCCCAACCCCAACCCUGGUCCCCAUAGAAGCCCCAAGCCCAACCCUAAAGGCUAA